UGCAAAACGACCCGGCUUGACCCGUCCCAGUGUAUUGACGGCGUUCGGCAGAUGGAGGUUGUCGUUAGGUGUUCUCCAUAAUUAUACAGUGGCGUGAUGUGCAGUAUAUUGCAAGAAUCCUUUGAAAGACAAGCAGGAAGUCAUGACAAUAAAGUCUUUAUCCUUUACAGGAGAGAAGUGAGUGAACAUCGUCAACAAGGAAGUAUGGUGUCUGUACAAUACUGUAUAGUGUUCUGGGUCUGUACACUUGCAACGUGGAAUCUCAGCACAGGACUGCAAGCAAAUGGUGAAAACGUAGAGGCGUAUACAACUUACUGGGCACAUCGUUCCACAACGACGUGUGGUUUUUGGUACUUGCGUCGGUGCUCAAGAUACAGCCAUAGGUCAGCCACAAAUUACAGAUGCAAAACAGGGUACAGAAGCACAGAUAACACAGGCUGCCCACAUCCUAUAUGUGACAGCGAGAUCAACCCCGCUGCUUGCAACAUCGACUACAGCACAUCUCACAUCGUCCACAGUAACGGCACCACACAGUAUAAGAGUGGAGGCACAUGUAUUUCCCCUGGGACCUGUGACAACUGUAAUGAAGGCUUUUACCCCAGCAAUGAACGCUGCAGAAUGUGCAGCGCCAUCAGUAACUGUGACCUGGAGACAUGCAACAGCAGCAGCAACCAGGUGUGUAGUCGCUGUGAGGGGGUCGUGCUGAACCAGACAGGAUACAUGGCAUAUGUGGCGUCUUCUGAUAGAAGAUCAUGCAUACAGGCGUGUUCGUGGCGGAGUGACAGCACCCGGUGUUAUCCCGGAACCUGCAGGAACGAGUACGCCAGUAACUGUGCCUGCUCCAGCGGCUUCACAGGGAAACAUUGUCAGACAAUAACAAUGAAGCCCACAAUAAAUUCCAACCUCCUGAGACUGACCGCCAGCAACGGUGACACGACAGAGGCUCCUCCCGACAUCAACAGUGGUUCAUCUCAGUCCACCAGCUGGUCAAACAUCAACUCUCCAUCCAGAAUGUACUACAAGUUUACGGCAAAAUACAAAAUGGUACCUCCAUCCAGACAUGCCUUCAUUGAAAACUUCCGUGUUGGAAUUGUCAGUGGUUCUGCUACAUUCAAACUCAUGAGAGGUGCAGGUGUUGUCUCCACUAAGGUCUAUAACUGUGGAGGAGCCAGCCGAAGCAGCCCGGACACAGACCUGUACACCUGUGAAGGAAACUCAUCAGGGACGUCUGUGCUACCUCUACCCUUCCAACACAGAGAUGUUAUCGAAUUCACUUAUUCAGCAAGUAAUGGAGGGUAUGUGGAGGUCCGGGACAAGGAGAGUAAGACACUAGCGACCUACUACUACAACGGUGCCACACAGACCCACACCUUUACUGUGUCCAUAGACCUGGUGGAUCCCUAUCACUGUACUGGUACUACGGCCUGUGUUGGCAGCAUGCUGACUGUUCCCGAUGUUAUCAAGACUCCCACAGUGAACCUCCGCUGGAGUGGCUGGUCAGAUACUGAUGCAGGAGUCGACCACUUUGUGAGGGACGUGUAUGAACUCCACGCUAUUGGGGAUGUACUCAGAGUUAAGCGUCGUGUUAAGACUACAGCGUUGACAAGCUCAACGACCACCAACAGCUACACACUGACUGAGGCGGGCGUGUACUCUGUUGUCCUAUCUGCCUAUGACAAGGGAGGUAAUCACAGAAGUGCUAGAAGAAUAGUGAUAUAUGAUGGUACUUCGACUGUAACAACACAAGCAAAUACAUCUCUCCGUGUGACAACAGAAUCAUCAGCAGCAUCAUCAAAGUGGCAAACUACGUCAUCAUCAGUGACAGUAGACUGGGCCAACAGAUACAUCAACACAGUCCACCACAACAACAAGUGGCUCCACGGCGUGGCUUCUCUUGGUGACAUCAAUUCGGACUAUGACGAUAAGGAGGGUGACAGAAGUGUGGCUGCCAUCAACAAUGUUCAAGGUGUAACACGAUUCUUGACGUCAUACAAAGUCGACCACCAAGGAGGGUCGUCCAUCACCAGUCCACCAGCUGAUAACCUGUUCACCAGUCAAGGUCUGAAUCAGUCACAGACCAUAACACCCUCACUAGUGGACGGGGACACUUCAUAG